CAACACCACCACCACCCUACCACAAUGUCGUACAACAACGUCGGUCUCUCGACCGCGCGCGGAAGCGGCACAAAUGGCUACAUUGUGCGCAACACCGGCAGCGUCAAGGUGCGCGACGGCCCCCCGGGGGCCGGCUUCGCCGGACACCAGCGGUACGAGGACUACUUGAACGAGAUUGCCAAGCCGAUGGUGCAUCGUGCGCCGGACGCUGGGAUUCUCGAGCAUGAAAGGAAGCGGCAGGUCGAGAUCAAGUGCUUGGAGCUGCGGGACGAGAUGGAGGAUGCGGGCGCCGACGAAGACGACAUCGAGGACGCCGUGGCCGCGCUCCGCGAACGCCUGUCGAAGGAGACCAUCGUGCCGGCGAAACGCGCGACCGACUCGCACUCGGUCGCAGCAGCAAAGCAGGUCGAGAUGUCGCGUCUCGGGCGGGCGCUGCAGAUCGGCCCGGACCACGUGGAGGGGAAAGCCUUCCAGCGCGAGACGGACGAGGAGAAGGCCGCGCGUCUGGCGGAGCGCGAGGAACGCGACCGCCAGCGCGUCGAGGCGGCGCUGAAGCGCGAGAAAGAGGACGAGGAGCGCAAGCGCGCGUGGGAGGAGAAGGAGAAGCUCCGCCGCCGGGAAGAGUACUAUCGCAAGCAGGGCCGCGAUGCGCGCGGCAGGAGGGAGGACUCGCGCAGCCCCGCGCCGCCGAGGAGGCGCGACUCGCGCGACGACAGCCCGCCCCGGCGCGGGCGGGACGACAGCCGUUCGAGGUCGCCUGCCCCCCGCCGCCGUGACGACUCGCGGGACGACUCGCGUUCGCCCGCUCCUGCACGCCGGCGCGACGACAGCCGCUCGCGGUCACCCGCUCCCCGGCGCCGCGACUCGCGCGACGACAGCCGCUCGCCACCGCGGCGUGGACGCGACGACUCGACCCCGCCCCGCCGCGGCGGCGCUCGCGACGACUCGCGCUCACCCAGCCGCUCGCCGUCCCGCUCGCCUUCCCCGCGCCGUGGCAGGGACGACUCGACCCCGCCGCGCAAGCGGCGUUACUCUGAUUCCGACUAGGGGGUGGCGGUGUGUGGUUGGCGGUGUGGCCGCGUUGGCAUUGUGGCAGGUCUGUAGUAGCAUGUAUGCGUUGAGCCAUG